GGCGCAAGGUUCUCUCCUACUCUCGUGUCUCACAACUGUUGACUCUCCAGUCAACAGUUGACGUCGACAACUACACGUACCACAGCAAUAAACAAACACAGAAACCAACUAAUACUCCCAAUCAACAAAAAAAAAACAAUUAAAACAUAAACAUAAAUAAAUGAAAUUCGCGUGGCGAGUUGAGCAAAAAUAAAAUAAUAACUCUGUUGUUCUGUUCUGUUUUGUUUCAUUUGUUAUGUUUUGUGUUAUGACAAUUAAAAAAAACAGUGAGAUAAUAUCCCAGUGAGAGUAAUAAUAAUUAACCAUUGAAGGGGAGAAAGAAAUCUUCAAGAUUGCUCCCAACGCCAGGAAGUCCGCACAUGGCUCCAACUUGCCAGACGGCGGAAUAGUUCCAAUCACCAUGACGAUGGACGUGAGCAAGUCGGAGACGAGUAAAAAUGGCUCCGCACAGCAGGAAUGUGCGGGAUGUGGAAAAAUAAUUACUGAGAGGUACCUCCUAAAGGCCUUGGAUUUAUACUGGCACGAGGAUUGUUUAAAGUGUGGCUGCUGUGACUGUCGAUUAGGUGAAGUAGGCUCAACCCUCUACCAAAAAGCCAACCUAAUUCUCUGUAAAAGGGAUUACUUAAGACUGUUCGGUAAUACAGGCUACUGUGCAGCAUGUUCAAAAAUAAUACCGGCCUUCGAGAUGGUAAUGAGGGCACGUGCAAACGUCUACCAUUUAGAGUGUUUCGCCUGUCAACAGUGCAAUCACCGGUUCUGCGUGGGGGAUAGGUUUUAUCUGUGUGAGAAUAAAAUACUUUGUGAAUAUGAUUAUGAGGAGAGACUGGUAUUCGCUAAUAUGGCACUACAUCCACCGGCGUCGUUGGCGCAUAUCAAGAGACAAUUACCACCUACACCACCUGGCAAUGGACAGAGUCUUCAUCCGGGCCAUAAUCAGAUGCAGCAUCAACAUCCUUCACAGACUAUGGGACAAUCUAUUCAACACAAUCAUGUCAAUGGUCAAAUGUCAGGUCAAACCCCCACAGUUAACGGCAACAUGAGUAUAGGGCCACGAGGCCCAGGUGACAUGAACAACAAUGGUCUCUCAGGUCCGGGAAUAGGAGCAGUGAAAGCCCCCCCAAUGUCAAUGCCAGCGCCGACCAGCUGAGACGAGGUAUCACCGCCGAUGAAAAAACUACGGUGUCUCGACGGCUACUAAAUCUCCCUCAUCCCGAGGGAUCAUAACGUCCAACAGAAACCACAAAAAUCCAAAAAAUCACAACAAAGAAGAAACCGCAAUACCAAAAUCACCAACAAGCAAUUUAAAUAAAAAAAACAAAACUUGUUGAACAAUAUCUGCGAUAAUUCGCAGUGUUACUUCGCUGUGAUCGUGAAUUGGACAAAGUGAUAGUGAUUAAGAGAGUAAAAUUGUACAUUAAUCUAGUUAAGGUCGCGGUUUAUGUAAGAUAUUUUUCAGAAAUGGAGACCAUUAUCACAGAUUUGUAAAUAAUUGUGAACUGAGUGGAUGGAGAAUCAGAGUAUUUGAUUAUCUGGGGGGGGAGGGGUAUACGAUUGUGACUCGAGACGAAGCCAUGGGUAACCCAUACAGCUAAAACCAAAGAACGUAAUCAUAAGAGUAAAAGCGAUCGAUCGAUCGACGAUCAUGUUUUAUUUGAUUUAACUGAUACCAUUGAAAUGAAAAUACUGAGGUGGAGGCAAAGGAUGCAACUCACGAGUGAUAAAACCGAUGUUUUAGUCAUAGAACAGAUACCAAACGAAAUGAAAUACCAAGUUAAUGAAAAAGAAAGUCUGCAUGCACCAAAGAACAAUCCAAUUGAUCAUUUCAACCGAAUGGGGAUAUUUCCUGGAUUUUCCCCUCUUGUAUUCGAUUAUUUACGACACAAACUGCGCAGAUGAUAAUUUCAAAGCCCUCGGAUGACGGAAAAAUUGCAGGAAGUACCCCUAUCCCUAAAAAUUUUGUUCGCAAUUUCACUUGAAUUUAAGGAAUACAUAAGAACUCAGAAUGAGAUGAACCUCUCUGUAUACUCGAGUACAAAAACCAAUUCGCUGUAUAAAUGCACUUAAUGUAAAUGAUUCUGAUUGAGUGAGUGAGUGAGAGAGAGAGAGAGAG